AUGCUCCCUGCCAGCUGCAACAACGAUGAGCCCUCUGCCGCGCCUGCUGGACAGGCGCCUGCGGGUCAUGGGCAGCUGCAUCCGGCGACGCCAUCGUGCUUUUCUGCAGUGCCGGAUGUUCUGCCUGUUGAGCUACAGGUGGAGACCAUGUCCACCCUAUCUAGCCGCGUGUUCCUGUACGUCUGGUACGUCGUCCUCGUGGUGGCGUUGGUGGUGCAGUCCAACGUGCGCUUGCAGUGGAGCAGCCGCAAUUUCUGCGGGGCGGCGGAGGAGGUGUCUGUCUAUCAUUUGGAUGAAUGGAACAGUAGUGCCUGCCUGACCUGGGAGGCGUACUGGUUGCGAAAGGCUUAUCCACGGAGGCGGUCACAGGAUUACUUGCAGCAGCAGCAGUGGAUGUCGCUGAAGGGAGCCGGCGUAGUAGCUGACACAACUCGAGCGUUGGAGAGCGGUGACUCAGCUGUGUAUCAAUACGUGGCGUGGCCCCCAACGGAUGGGGUACUGCGCGCCAGAUCUGCCUACAGCUCUUGCAGGGGCAGUGACGCAGUCAUCCCGUCUGAGCAGUACCUCUCGCCGCACCCACCUCAGGAGGAGAGAGAGGUGGGCAGUGCCUCGGUGCGCCAGCGCGCUGCUACGUUGUCCUCGCCGCUGGACUCCUCAGUAGUCGGCAGCGCAUGGGCUCCGAGUGGCUCUACUAUGCCGCCGUCGCCGUCGCUGUCGACAGGCCCGACAAUGCCGCCGCUGCACCUCAAGUACAAGCUGCGUUGGACGGCACAAGCUCUGAGCGGCGUGCUGGAUCACCAACUCAAUCGAUUCCUGCACGUCUUCAUUAGCCUUGCCUCGCCUUUGGCCAUAGAAACGGGAGUGUCGUCUGCCAGUGCGACGUGGGGUAGCUCUGUGAAGCACUCGCUCUGGGGUGUGUCACAGCGAGUCUACGAGGUCCUUGUAGCACUGGAGGAGACGUCGCUCGCUCCAUGUGAAAACAACUCGGCAAGCAGCAGCGGGGGAGGCUGGAGCAGUGACGGUGACAGCAGUAGCAAGAGCGACCAGCCAAAGUACGUGUACACGUAUCGCGCAAGCGUAACGUGCUGGCGUGAUGCGCCGCGCUGCAGCAACAUUGUGCUCCCCUCCAGUGUGGUGAUCCCAGCCAACCACAGUCAGCUUACCUUGACACUGAUCGACGUGGACGCUGAGCUGGCGGAGGCGUCACUGCGCAGCUUCAUGGUUGGCCACGGUGACGAUGACCUGAAUGCGGUGCCGACGUCGCGCCUUCUCGCAUGCGAGGGAGCUCUUGCAGGCGCAGUUGACUCACCCUGCACGCAUCAAGGGCCAUCAGUGCGACACAUUCCUCUAGCAUCGAACGCGACACCGAGGCCGACCCCUUCGAGUGCGGUAGGGGUCAUGUAUCAACGUUCGCAGUACACGAUCGGUACGCUGGUGUUUCGCUACCUUUUCCUCCUCGUGACUCUUGCCUCGAUGCUCCGCUUCCUCUGCAGCAGUCGACAGGCGCACCGCAUGCAGUUUGAGCAGAAAUGGACCUUGGCGGCUCAAAUCGGGCUCAUAUUCUACCUCAAUCCCGUCUACUUGUGGUGCAUCUACGCCGGCGAGGGCACGCGAAGGGGCAGUGCGAACGGCAUUAGAGGCGCGAACCACGGAACGCCAACGACACCGCCUGCGCUUGCCCGUUUUCUCUUACAACUGCUACGGCUCCUCCUCUACUAUAUCGAGUUCCACGUUCCGACGCACUUUGCGGCGCUCAUCGUGUGCUAUAUAUGGAGCAUCAUCGCCGGCUCGUUUCGCUGGCGCGUGCCCACCAACCAUGCUGCUGCGGUGGAAUCAAAGCACGCGCUCCACCCUCCUGCGCGGCAGACGCGCACGUCGAGCUCCGCGUCUGCCGCGCAGGAGGGUGAUCUGCAGCCGUCGGCGAGGUCAUCUCACGAGUCUGCUGCUGGUCGCUUGGCCGAGGCAGACGCGCAGGCGGUGCCGAGCUCGAAGGCGGCGCGUUUCCGUGCGCGAGUCCUGUUGCUUUCGUUUCUUGCCCUCGUCACGAGUCUCGACGUGGCCAAGUGCUGCUUGGAGGAACAGGGUGCUGGUGGGAACGAGCUGACAUGCAAGAGCCCGAUGUGCCUGCGUGUUGACAGGUGCAUUGGCUAUCUUCUUCUGUGCGGGAUCUUGUCAAGCGGGGUGGGGCUCUACUGGCUGCGCCGCAACCUCGCCCGCCACCCGUACCUCUCCACCCGUCCCCAGCAGCUUGCCUGCCGCAUUAUGAUCUUCAUGUACUUCACGGGUGGCAUCUACAGCGUUUCCCAGGUAGCCCUGCUGGACGCCCUCUACGCACAGCUUCUGGGGGUCAUCUACUACCAGCCCCUCGUCCAGCUCCCUCAUUUGCUGGUGCUGACGAGUUUGGUGAACCACAUGACGUACGUGUACACGACAACGCAGUCGUCGCUACGGAUCCCGCUGCGGCCGAACGAUCCACGCUGGAAGCGCGUCGGCUGGUCGUCGCGGUGGUACCGCUGGCUGAACUCGCACGGCGGAAGCCUGUACGUCUUCUUUAGCGAGGCGGAGGAGCGGCUGUUUUACGACGUGCAGGUAGCCUAUCAGCUGGCGAAGUGUACGUGCAAGCUGGAGAGGAGGCAGAGGAAAAAGAGCCAAAAGAGCGCCGAACCGCCGAAGACGAGGGCGGGGGAAAGGGCAGAGGCUGGCGGCGAGGGCAACGGCGGUCAACAUCGGCGUCGACCUUCGCUGACGCAGAGCAGGCGGGACAUCAACGAAGCUGGUGUCGAGGGCCUCCAGGGUGGCAACCGCUUUACGCCACCGCUCCUGCCACCAGUCGACGCUUCCGCUUCCGCCGCUGCCGUUGCUACGGCUGCCCCUUCCACGGUAGGCAGAGAGGCAGCCGAGGAUGCAGGGUUCGCCGAUCCACCAUCGCGCGAAGAGAGCGGCUGGUUGCCACCUUUCGACAUGGCAGGUCCACGCCGUACGCUGUCCGCCAUCACCACCCACCCGUCUACCUCCUCUUCAAGUCGAAGGGCCCACGCUGACAACGGCGGCAGCGACGAGAAGAUCAGGAUGCACGACAGCUCGAGCUCGCUAGACCUGGGUGGGUCUCUCAGCUGUGAGGACGAGGCACGCGCACUAACGGUGUUGUGCAACCCCACAGACACGAUGCCUGGCGGCGGACUGGAGGUCAUCGGCACGCCUGCCUUGCCACACCCCUCGUCGGCUUCGGACGCCGACGACGCAGCGGCCGGUUGCAGCUUUCGUCUUUCGCAGAGCGGAGGGGAUCCGCGUUACGUGUCGAGCCGCGUCGCCGGCCGUAUGCAGGACGCACGGCAUGGUGCCGAGAGCAGGCUGGUGGACGGCACAGCGACCUUCCUCGACUUUCUUGCCGAAACGAGCGUCGAACGGCCACUGCGUGUGCGGCUGCGGCAACGAGCGCGGCAGAGCUUCGUAUUCUUCAACCUGGAGACCGCGAUCGACUGCCUGAAUUUGUCGUGGGAGGCGUACGCGGUUCAGGAGAGCCGCGGCGACGACUUUAUCUCCACAGGCAUCCAGGUAAACGCGGCAGAGGUACCGAGGGCGGCGCUGGGGUUUGUGGAGCGCGUCGCCAUGGCGCUGCUCGGCCUGUGCUUCAACCCAUCUCCACACGUUUGUCAUGCCCUCGAUGACAGCGAAGAGGACGCGGCGGCGGCCAUCUCAUUCACAUCGGGGGGUGAUAGGACGCCACUCUUGGAUGAACGCCGCGCAUCUCGAUCCCGAUCCCCCGUACGUGCGCCACUUGGCGCAGAGGUUGCGUCAUCGGCGACACGGGCGACUCAGGCUGAUCUGGCGGCGGCGGCGCUGUUUCCUCACUGCGGCAGCAGCAGCACUAGAAGCGGCAGCUGUCAGCCCUUUUUUCGGCAACCCGCCCCUGCGGCUUCCGCAACAUCGCCUUGUUUUGGCGGGACCUCGUCACCGCCAGGUGCUGCCGCAGCCGGCGCAUCGUCGUUUUCUUCCUCUCCUUCCAACAGGAUUGGGUCGUUCCCGACGAGCGCCUCGGCAGCGACCGCCAACGCCGGCGCCGAUGCUGCGCGACUGCCACACAUGAACCCGGAGCAGUACGGCUACCAUCGUGUCGCUGUCCUGGAGGCGCGUGGGGUCCAGGUCGUGGUGGUGCGCAUGGACACGUCAGGCUCCUGCCCGGUGCACAUCGGCAAGGUGCCGCGCCUCGUCAUCGCCUUCCGCGGUACUGACAACGUGGCGAACGUAAUGGAGGACAUACGGUUCCGGCAGCGCACGUGGAAGGAGAUGAAGACACCGACCCUGUCGGGCCGGGCGUCUGUGCACAGCGGGUUCCUAGAACUGUGGAUGUCGCUGAAGGAGCGGGUGAUUGACGUGGUGUUGAGGGAGCUGCGCAGCCAGUGUACACCGCUUGAGGGGUCAAACGCUGAGGUCUCUGCUGCUGGCACGACAGGCCACGCAGGGGAGGGUGCGAGUACCGUGGCUGGCUGCUCACCGUCGCAGGCGGGCCACGACAUGUUUCAUGCUACUGUGCCAUUCUCGGAUAUCUGGUCGUUGCGACGCAACGGCGGCGGCAGGGGCUGCGCUGACACUCGCCAGGGUGCCUUUGGCAGUGAGCAAGGCGGUUUCGAGGGCUUCAUGCGUGUCUAUGUGACCGGUCACAGUCUUGGUGGUGCGCUGGCGUCUCUGUGCGCCUACACGCUGCGCCGCAUGCUGCUGCUCAUCCAAUACCCGGAACCGGAUCUCGUCGUCUACACGUUCGGCCAGCCUCGCAUCGGCAACUUCGUCUUCAAACAGUACUACAACCGCGCCGUGCCGUGCACCUUCCGCGUCGUGAACGAGAGCGACGCUGUUUCCGGCUUCAACUUCUUCGGCGGCCACCACGUUGGCGUCCAGGUGAACAUUGACCGCCACGGCAACUACAUCUGCAAGCCCAUGUACAUUGAGCGCAUGUUCCGGCCCACGCGCGGGCGCGGAUUCGCUCUCGCGAACCACGCCAUCUCGGCCUACGCGAGUUCACUGAAUGCGAUGGCCAACGUGUACACACACGGCGCAUGCCCUUUGCGGUGUCGCCAGCCCUACAUGGGUGAGAUCGUGUCGGUGAGCAGCACCAACAGCGAAAAAGACACCCGCAACGUGGAGACGGCCGGGGAGGAGGACUAG